AUGUUGGCUAUAACUUCUCGUUGUGAGCUAGUUGGAGUCGGAAUCGCAUCAUUUUCCAAUUCUUUACUUCUUUAUAUGCUUACUUUCAAAGCCACUAGUUCCUAUGGUUCUUAUCGUCGUUUAAUGUUGUCCUAUACCAUCGUUGAAAUCAUGUACACAUUUUUCAACAAAAUCUGUGGUAUGAUGGCCCAUAGUACCGAAACUUCGUUUGUCGUGUUCAACGUUUAUCAAGGAUAUGUUAGCCGUUCGCUUGCACCUAUUUUUCUCCUGGGCUUUUGUGCAAUCUACUACACUUUGAUUACUCUCCUCGUUGUCCACUUCAUAUACCGUUAUAUAGUUAUUUGCGACUCAGCAAAAUUAAAGUACUUCGAUGGAGGUUAUUUGUUGUGUUGGGUAUUUGGAUGUGCAGCUUGUGGAAUCUCGAUGGUGACUGUAAAGUAUUUUGCUUUUCCACAAAAAGAGCGGCUAACAAAUGAACUGCGAGAUGACUUUUCCCAAUACUAUAACCUGACUAUGGAAGAAGUUGUUUACAAUGGACCAAAUUAUUACAAUUGUGAUGAAAAUGGAAAAUGCGAAAUAUCGUUAGUUGACUGGAUUACAAUGAUUAUUUUUUGUUGUGGAUUAAUGUUCUCAGUUAUAAUCAUGUUCUGCUGUGGAUAUUUUUGUUGUAUGAAACUUGAAAAAAACAAGCUGAAUGCUAGCCACCACACAGUUCAACUGCAGAAACAGCUGAUGAUUGCUUUGAUCAUUCAAUCGCUCAUUCCGAUAACUCUCAUGUACAUACCAAUUCUUAUUCUCUUUGUAACUCCAAUGAUUCGCAUUGCCGCCGGUCCUUAUGUCAACAUUGCGAUAGCUACUGUAGCCAUAUAUCCUCCAGUUGAUCAAUUUGCAAUCAUUUAUGUUAUCAAAGACUUUAGAACUGCAGUAAAAAAUUUCUUCAAACGCGGAACCAAAUCGGGCACCUCACCGUCUUCCGCUGUUUUAACAACAAAAAAAAAGGCCUGGCAUCAUCUCCUUAACUGA